UCCGCUCCUUGUCAGUUGUCACCUAGAGUAUAUACCAUACACAAUCGUAAUUCUUCUCCCCUCUCUCUCAGUUCCGUUGCCGGCGAUUACCUCGCUGGGAAAUUCAUGUUCUUCGCCGGGAAAUGGUGGCUCCGACGGUCGAUCGUUUUCCUCGUUACCUAAACGCAAACGUCACGUGCGGUCGCGUAUUUCGGGAGCCAUAACCGCAUUUCGGAAAACCUUAAGCAAAAGCGACUUUUUUUUUUUUUUUUUGACUUAGCAGAGUUUCGAAGUUAUUCCAUACUUUGUCUCGCAAAUUAGAGUCUAUAAACUAUAUGAUAACCGCUUUAGCUUAAACGCCUCGAAUUUUGGUAAAAAAACCGCUUCGAUUUUAUAAGUUUCUUCGUCCUCAAAUUUUGAAUUCGAAGGCGAAGAUCCGAGCUCGAUCGAUGAGUUGUAGGAGUUAGAGACUUGCGUAUAGGUAGGCCGUUAAAACUUUUGGAAAUGGAGGACAAAAUGGUAAAUUGAACAUCGGAGGUGCUGCGGAGAACUUUCUCGUGAUAUUGAUCACGCUGUUCAUGCCUUUCCCAAUGAAGAUCCAGCCGAUCGAUUCUCACACGCCUGAAGACUGCAAGCCGGUGAAGCCGGUGGUGAAGUCGCGGUUCAAGCGGCUCUUUGAGCGCCAGUUCCUGAAUGUUCUCAGGAAUUCCGCCGCGGAGAAGGUCGGUGUCGAGGAGCCGCAUUUUUACAAGGACGGCUGCAAUGGCUCAUCGGUCGAGUUUGAGCCGAGCUCCGUGUGCUUGGCCAAGAUGGUGCAAAGCUUCAUCGAAGAGAACAAUGAGAAGCAAUUUGGUGCGUCGAGGUGCGGCCGUAACCGCUGCAACUGUUUCAAUCGGAACUCCACCGAUAGCUCCGAAGACGAUUUUGAUUCUCACAACGACUCUAACUAUUCUUGUUGCACGGAAGCUUGUGAAAUACUAAAGGGUCUGGUGCCGUGCGCAAGCGUAUGUGAGAGGAAUCUGCUAGCGGACACGGCUAAGAUCGUAGAUAAGAACAAGAUCUGCAAGCGUAAAGACGAAUUUUGCAGGAAGGUUGUCACUGAUGGACUGUCGGCUCUGGGAUACGACGCCUCGAUCUGCAAAUCUCACUGGGAAAAAUCUCCCUCCUAUCCCGCCGGAGAGUACGAAUACAUAGACGUGAUAAUGGAAGGAGAUAGAUUUCUGAUCGAUAUCGACUUCAGAUCAGAAUUCGAAAUCGUUCGAUCAACAAAGGCCUACAAGGCGAUCCUGCAGAGCCUUCCGUACAUAUUUGUCGGCAAGGCGGAUCGUCUCCAAAGGAUCAUCACCAUCGUAGCGGAGGCCGCAAAGCAGAGUCUCAAAAAGAAGGAUAUGCACAUUCCACCAUGGAGAAAAGCGGAGUACGUCAAGGCCAAGUGGCUCUCUCCCCACCCGCGCUCCACGCCCACCUCACGGACGGCUGCCAAUCAUGAAAAGCCUUUGAUGAUCAGGACCAACCGUGAGUUCGCACCGAGUCGAGGAGAGGGAGACUCUGCGGAUGAGACGGAGUUGGGCGAGCCCGUUUUCGCUCUGAGCGAAAGUUCUGGAGAGGAAGAUAAGGCGACGGUGGGGAAAGAAUGGAAGCCUCCGGAGGUUAAGCCUAAAGGUGCACUGGUUGGGGUUAGGAUCGUCACUGGCCUGGCUUCAGUUAUCGAAGAUUACUGGCCGUGAGAGUUUUGAGUUGUUUUUUUUUUUUGGAGAGAUUUUUACAGAUGGUAUAUGGUUAUGACCACUUGAUCCCUUUCUGUUUUUUAAUGUAAGGGACGGAUUUUACUAAA